CCCUCUCCUCUUCUCUCCCUCCCUCGGAAACCAGCCGCCGUCGUCGCCUUCCGGGAACCAGCCACCGUCGCCGCCUGCCGUGGACCAGCCACCGUCGCCGCCUGCCGUGGACCAGCCACCUUCGUCGUGUGACGGGAACUAGCCACAGUCGCCGCCUGCUGGGGACAAGACACCGUCGCCGCCUGACGGACUGGCCGACGCCUUUCCAGCGGUCUCUCCCUCUCCGUCACCGGUGGAAUUUCCUCCAAACUCGACAAUAUUUUCUUCUGUGAAGUCGCCAGAGACAUUCUCUUCUCGGAAAUCGACAAUCUUAGCAGCCUUCUCUUCUCCAAAAUUGGUUCCCUCCAUGGAUUCCGGCAACAUUCUCUAUGCCAUCUUCAACCGUUGUUAAAAUGGCGAAGGCUAAAAAGGCAAAGAACGAAGAGCAGAGAGAUGGAGAUAAUAGUAAUUCGGAGGCAGUUGUCAAGCAUCAGAAGCUCUGUCUGUCCAUUGACAUGGACCGCCGCCGAAUCUAUGGGUACACAGAACUUCAAAUAGCCAUACCGGACAAUGGAAUAGUGGGUUUGCAUGCUGAUAAUUUGGCAAUUGAAAAGGUUACAGUUGAUGGAGAGCCAGCGAUGUUUGAAGUCUUCCCUCACUAUCAGCAUCUGGACCCAAAGGAUAGAUGGUCUGUGGUUUCUUCAGCCACUUCAGCUGCUGAUGCCUCCGGUUCUGUUUACUUGUCAUCCCUUGAGAUCGAAUUACUUCCAAAUUUACUGAUAAUGUGUAGCAAGACCACUAAAACAGAGAACAAUCAAGAAGAAUAUAUCCAGGUGGACAAUGGUGAACCAACUUUGGCUGAUGCUAACAGGCCGGAUCAGAAUGUGAAACUUGUGCGCAUAGAAUAUUGGGUUGAAAAAGCGGAGACAGGAGUACAUUUUAAUGGCAAUGUUUUGCAUACAAAUAACCAGUUGAGACGUGCACGGUGCUGGUUUCCUUGUUUGGAUGAGAGUUUGCAGUGUUGCUGUUAUGACCUUGAAUUUACGGUGGCCAGUGAUCUUGUUGCAGUUAGCUCCGGAACGUUACUUCAUCAGGUGUUGACCAAGGAUGAUCCACCACAGAAGACAUAUAUUUAUAAACUAGAUGUUCCUGUAGCUGCUCAGUGGAUUUCUCUGACAGUUGCACCAUUUGAGGUUCUUCCUGACCGACAUCGUGGGUUGCUCUCAUACUUUUGUUUACCUUCUAACUUGUCAAAGCUGCGGAAUACAAUGGUGUUUUUCCACAAUGCUUUCAGCCACUAUGAGGAUUACCUAUCUGCAUCAUUUCCAUUUGGAUCAUACACACAAGUUUUCAUUGCUCCUGAGAUGACAGUAUCCUUAUGGAGUUCAGGAGCUUCCACGAGCAUCUUCAGUUCUCAUCUUCUGUUUGAUGAGAAACUCAUUGAUCAGACUAUAGAGACAAGGAUUAAACUUUCUUAUGCUCUUGCCAGACAGUGGUUUGGAGUAUAUAUCACCCCUGAAGCUCCAAAUGACGAGUGGUUGGUGGAUGGUCUUGCUGGGUUUCUCACCGAUUCUUUUAUUAAGAGGUUUUUGGGAAACAAUGAAGCGCGCUUUAGAAGAUAUAAGGCCAAUUGUGCUGUUUGCCAAGCAGAUGAUAGUGGUGCUACUACCUUAAGUUCCAGUGCUGCUUCUAAGGAUUUGUAUGGCACCCAGUGCAUUGGUUUUUAUGGAAAAAUAAGAUCAUGGAAAUCUAUAGCUAUCCUUCAAAUGUUGGAGAAACAGAUGGGUCCGGAGUCAUUCCGUAAAAUUCUGCAGAAUAUUGUUUUGAGGGCUCGAGAUGGUAACCGUUCUUUGAGAACACUGAGCACCAAAGAGUUCCGUCACUUUGCUAAUAAAAUUGGAAAUCUUGAGCGGCCAUUUCUUAAAGAGUUCUUUCCUCGCUGGGUUGGAUCUUGUGGUUGUCCAGUGCUGAAGAUGGGAUUUUCCUAUAACAAAAGAAAGAAUAUGAUUGAAUUAGCUGUUCUGCGGGGAUGUACUUCUAGACCUGAUUCUUGGGUAGGCGUUGAUAAUAUCAAUCAUGAUUCCGAAAAUCGAGAUGGCAUAGUUGGGUGGCCAGGGAUGAUGAGUAUACGGGUGCAUGAGCUGGAUGGCAUGUAUGACCAUCCUUUCCUGCCCAUGGCUGGUGAGCCGUGGCAGUUGCUGGAGAUUCAGUGUCACUCAAAACUUGCUUCAAAGCGCUUUCAAAAAACCAAGAAGGGCACUAAGGCUGAUGGUUCUGAUGACAAUGGUGAUGCUAUGCCCAUAACUGACGUGCGACCAAAUUCUGAGUCUCCCCUAUUAUGGCUACGCGCUGAUCCAGAAAUGGAAUAUCUUGCUGAAGUACAUUUCAAUCAACCUGUGCAAAUGUGGAUAAAUCAAUUGGAGAGGGAUAAGGAUGUUGUCGCUCAGGCCCAAGCUAUAGAAGUAUUAGAAGCACUACCACAACUUUCCUUUUCUGUUGUUAAUGCUCUAUAUAAUUUUCUCUGUGACUCCAAGGCUUUCUGGAGAGUUCGCAUACAGGCUGCAUUUGCGUUGGCUGCUACUACAAGUGAGGACACUGACUGGACUGGCUUGCUUCAUCUGAUAAACUUCUAUAAAAGUCGUAGAUUUGAUCCAAAGAUCAAUCUUCCCAGGCCAAACGACUUUCAUGAUUUUCAGGAGUACUUUGUACUUGAGGCAAUACCACAUGCAAUAGCUAUGGUCAGAUCUUCAGACAAGAAGAGCCCCAGAGAAGCUGUUGAGUUUAUUUUGCAACUUCUGAAGUACAAUGAUAACAGUGGGAACACAUACUCGGAUGUUUUCUUGGUAGCUGCAUUAGUCCAGUCUGUUGGAGAACUUGAAUUUGGACAACAGAGUGUCAUCUAUUUACCCUCUUUGCUGAAGCGUCUUGAUCGUCUCUUGCAAUUCGACAGGUUGAUGCCAAGUCACAAUGGGAUUUUGACAAUCUGUUGUAUCCAAUCACUUACUCAAAUGGCACUCAAACUAUCAGAAUUUGUUCCUCUUGAAAAUGUCGUGGAACUAAUUAAACCAUAUCGAAUAUCAAAGAUGUGGGAAAUUCGAAUUGCUGCAAGCAGAGGCCUAGUUGAACUUGAGUUUCAGUGUAAAGGAAUAGAUGCAGCACUGAAACUGUUCAUCGAAUACCUUAACGACGAGACAUCUCUACGAGGACAAACCAAAUUAGGUAUCUGUGCUUUGCGCAUAUCGCAGAUGAUUAGUCAAUCCAAUGGUGACAAAGGUGUAAAGAGCGACACACUUGUUGCACUCUUGCGCUUACUUGAAAGUCCUCUGGCCUUUAACAAUACUAUGCUUCGUCACUACGUCUUCUGCAUUCUGCACGUUCUUGCCAAAAGGGCUCCAACACUUUACGGGGUUCCAAGAGAUGAGACUCUCAAGAUGGGACAUACAAAGACAUGUAGCGAACUUAAGAGCAUUUUUGCUGCCCUUAUCAAGCAAUCCAAGACUCCUGAGCCUUCAUCUGCCUCUGAUAUGACACUAAAUCUGUUGGUUCCUGAAGGUUAUACAGAUGGAGACACUUUUGUGGAAAAACAUGAACCGAUUACAGAAGUCCCAAAUCCUGCACUCGAUAAUUCUGAGGUUCAGGCUGUUCAACAGACAGCAGAUCCUUCUGAUGCUCCAGAAAUAUUGCAUAUUUCUGAUGAUGAACUCUCAAUGAUGCCUACAAUGCCCUUGCCCAUUGAAGGCCAUCAGCCAAUUGAGCAAGUUAGUAACUCUUUAGGCAAUAUUGUCAUUGACACAGAGGAAAACACCAACACCUUGAUUGAAACCGAGGCAUUGGGAAAACCAGAUACUUUCUUUGAUACUGAGGCUUCCAGAAGAGGCGACAUGUCACUUACCAAUCAUCAGGAAACUGAACCAGCUGGCCUUGUCCGUCAUGAUAGUAUGCCAAGUGGAGAUGCUACUCAUGGACCUGAUACUGUUUCCAUCAGUCGUGAGGUGAAGAAGCCAAAACUAAAGAUAAGGGUCAGACAGUCUGCUGCAUCUAGUCGGGCCGAAGAUCCAGAUAGAGCAUCUAGUCGGGCUGAAGAUCCUGUUAGGAGUAGAAUCUUGAAUGCUCAAGAUGGAAACAACGAUGCUGAUCAUGGAGCGAGCAGUUCAGUUUCUGUUGACGCGCCACAUAGAAACUUUGGCGAAACUAUCAGUACUGGAAAUCACAACUUUGAGGAUGCCAAUUCAUGCCAUGAUGUUGGUUCACGAGUGACAGCCAGUAUAGGCCAUGCUAAACCCACGACUGAUGAUGGAGAAGAACUUUCUAAGGAACUACAGUGUACUGCAGAUUCUAGUAAAGUUUCUUUACCACUCACUUCGGAUGAUCAUCGCUCUCCUACCUCCACGAAGAAAAGUGAUGGAGAGCAACAAGCAAGUGAGAACCAUGUAAUUGCUCUAGACUCCAGAAGGUACGAUGGUGGAGAUAGUUCAGCUCCCACUGAUCUCCAAUCACAUGGUAAGCACAAGGAAAAGAAGAAAGACAAGGAAAAGGACAAGAAGCGAAAGAAGGAUAGGCACCACGACGAUCCUGAGCGCAAGGAACAGAAGCGCCAGAAAAAGGAAAAGAAGCGAAAGGAGAAGGAAAUGGCGAAACUUCUCGCUGAAAAACCCAAAACUAUGCCUCCGAUACAAGAAAAGAGAGUAGGUGUGGAUAAUCACCCUGCCGGAGUGGAGUCGGGGAGUAAAAAAGAGCUGCCGGUAACUAGACAAGGUACAGUUGGUGGGGCAAAGGAAGUAAAUAACAGGAGUAAUGUUGAGCAACAAGGGGCGGGUGUGAGCAGAAAUGAUGGGGGCUCAAGUUCAGCGCCGUCUCAUAAAAUUAAAAUCAAGUUUAAGCGUAAACAAUAACUUUGUAGAUGUUGGAAUCAUUCAUUUCCCCCUUUUUUUUCUAAUGCAAUACUAUCUAGAUUUACACUGUAUUGUUCUAUUGUUUCGGCAAAUGAUAAACUGUGGCCAUUUUAGACUUUGACCACAAAAGUAACAGAACAGUUUAUGAUUCUAUAAUUAUUGCAAACGACUACACACUUUGUUUGUUAAA